AUGGCAACGUCCCACCUGUUGGGUGCUCGAAACCACAGCCUCGGCCACCGUAGAUGUCUUGCGACAGCUGCCAAUAACCAAAAUCUCACGGAACGUAUCGUUCAGAAGUAUGCUGUCGGCCUAGCACCCGAUAAAUUGGUUAAAUCUGGCGAUUAUGUUACAAUUACUCCGAGCCAUUGCAUGACCCACGAUAACUCAUGGCCUGUAGCCACGAAGUUUAUGGAUAUCGGCGCAUCUAGGAUCAAAGAUAAUAGACAAGUCGUGAUGACACUCGACCACGAUGUCCAAAACACCUCAGAAGCGAACUUAAGAAAGUAUGCGAACAUCGAAAAUUUUGCGAAAAAGAAUGGUGUCAACUUUUACGGUGCAGGACGGGGAAUCGGACAUCAGAUCAUGGUUGAAGAAGGUUAUGCUUGGCCGGGGACUAUGAUGGUCGCUUCGGACUCUCAUACGAAUAUGUACGGUGGAAUUGGGUGUUUGGGAACGCCAAUUGUUAGAACGGAUGCGGCAGCGAUUUGGGCGACCGGACAAACUUGGUGGCAGAUCCCACCUGUUGCGAAGGUUGAGCUCAAGGGGAAGUUACCUAAAGGCGUUACGGGGAAGGAUGUCAUUGUUGCCCUCUGUGGUAUUUUUAAUAAGGAUCAGGUCCUUAAUCAUGCAAUUGAGUUCAGUGGGAGUGCAGAAACGAUCGCUUCGAUACCGGUUGACGAUCGGUUAGCUAUCGCGAAUAUGACAACGGAGUGGGGGGCUUUGACUGGAUUAUUCCCUGUCGAUAAAUUGACCAAGAAGUGGUUGGAGAACAAGGCACAGGAUAAGAAUCUCGACGUAUCGAGCCAUAUCAACGACAGGAAGCUCGAGGCACUCGCUGAGAGUGGUUCUUUUGAAUCGCCACAAGAUGCAGCAUAUGCCAAAGUAUUAACACUCGACCUCGAAAGUCUAUCGCCUUACGUCGCCGGUCCAAACUCCGUCAAACUUGCUACACCGCUGGCUGAGUUGGAACAGAAGAACAUUAGUAUUCAGAAAGCGUACUUGGUAUCCUGCACCAAUUCCCGAAGCUCUGAUCUUGAGGCAGCAGCGAGCGUCAUCAAGUCGCUCGGUGGCGAUAAAAAGAUCCAUGAUGAUGUUGAGUUCUACAUCGCUGCAGCUUCGAUGCCGGAGCAAAAGAUCGCGGAAGCGAAGGGUGACUGGCAGAUACUCCUGGACGCAGGUGCUCGCCCCCUCCCAGCUGGCUGUGGGCCGUGCAUUGGACUCGGUACUGGUUUGCUCAAGGCUGGAGAGACAGGUAUCUCGGCAAGCAACAGAAACUUCAAGGGUCGUAUGGGUGACCCAUCUGCCCUUGCUUACCUCGCUUCACCCGAGGUUGUGGUCGCAAGUGCCCUAGCUGGCAAAAUUGUGGGACCUGGGUUUUUUGAUAAACCAGCACCUGCAGUUAUCGCUAGCGAUUCUUCAGCAUCUGGCGAUGCAGCUCUUGGAUCUGCUAGCACCGCUACUGACGCACCUUCAGAAUCACUCACUGCAAUUUUACCCGGCUUCCCUACCAAGAUCUCUGGUGAAAUCGUCUUCUGCGAUGCAGACAAUAUCAACACCGAUGGUAUCUACCCCGGAAAAUACACCUACCAGGAUGGCUUAACCCGCGAUGACAUGUCCAAAGUGUGCAUGGAAAACUAUGACCCGACUUUCAAGGAAAUUGCCAAGCCAGGUGAUAUUCUUGUUUCGGGUUUCAACUUUGGUUGUGGCUCUAGCCGUGAACAAGCCGCUACGUCUAUUUUAGCAAGGGAUAUCGCAUUGGUUGUCGCUGGAAGCUUUGGAAACAUCUUUAGCAGGAAUAGUAUCAAUAAUGCAUUAUUGACGGUGGAGGUGCCAAAACUGAUUGAGAGGUUGAGAGAAGUGUUUAAGGAUGAGAAGCCACUGGCGACAAGGAGGACGGGGUGGACUUUGGAGUGGGAUAUUGAGAGAAGUUGGGUUAGUGUGACUGAGAAGGUGAAUGGACAGGAAACCACCUGGGGCAAGAGGGUGGGAGAUUUACCACCAAAUGUCCAAGAUAUCAUCUCCAAGGGAGGGCUGGAAAGCUGGGUCAAGGCGGAAUUGAAGAAGGAGGGCGAGGCAUAA